CAUCCCCGUUCACUGUGUAGAGACUAAAAUCCACUAUCUUUCCCCCCAAAACCCUCACUUUCUUGCAUUUUCUUUCUCAUUUUCACUCAAUCCAAACACUUCUCAACUGCCCACAAGCUAAAAUUUGAUAAUCAAUGGCUACUUUACUAUCUUCUUUGCAGACAACCCCUCUUCACUCCCUUCAUUCCUCGUCUUCUUCUUCUUCAUCUUCUUCAAUGGCAACCCUUUUAACUGGAUCAUCGGUAAAACCCCAGAUACUCCCUUUAACUUCAACUUUCUUGAACCCAUGUAAGUUUCUCAAAACCAUUUCUGAGAUUGUGCCCAGAAGGAAGUGUAGUAGUGGGAGCUCUCUCUCUGUUCAUAUGUCUUGGGAUGGUCCACUCUCUUCGGUCAAGCUCAUCAUACAGGGCAAGAAUUUAGAGUUGACAGAUACAGUUAAAAGUCAUGUGGAAGAAAAGGUUGGUAAGUCAGUUGUAAAGCAUAGCCACCUAGUGAGGGAGGUUGAUGUUCGGUUGUCAAUUCGGGGCGGUGAGUUGGGAAAAGGACCAAGGAUUAGGAGAUGUGAGGUGACUUUGUUCACGAAGAGACAUGGGGUAGUUCGGGCUGAGGAAGAGGCCGAGACACUCUAUGCAAGCAUAGAUAUCACAUCCUCGAUUAUACAGAGGAAGUUGAGGAAAAUCAAGGAGAAGGAAUCAGACCACGGCCGGCACAUGAAAGGAUAUACCAGGUCGCAAGUUAGAGAUCCUUUGACGCCUCCUGUAGAGGAAGUUGAAGAACCAGUUCCCGAGCAAAAGGAAGAGGAAGAGGAAGAAAACCUUAUUGAGGAGAUUGUUCGAACAAAAUACUUCGAUAUGCCACCAUUGACUGUCUCUGAAGCAAUUCAGCAACUGGAAAACUUAGAUCAUGACUUCUAUGGUUUCCGAAACGAAGAAACUGGUGAAAUCAACAUAGUAUACAAAAGGAAAGCAGGCGGUUACGGGCUUAUUGUACCAAAAGAUGGAGCCGGGAAGUUAGAAACUACGGUGGUGAAACCGGCUAAGGAACACUCGUUGGCAGAAUAAAAACUGGAUGUGGCAAUGGAGUUUCCUUCUGUGUAUAGAUUUGAAUUCGCAUCAACGAAUUAGAAGGCAAGUGCUGCAUAAGACAAUGUGGAUUUUUGCAGAGAGUUUGAGACCAUUUCUAGCCAAAGUUCCAAUAUGCAUGCAUGAACAACGUUUUUACCAGAUGUUCUUGUAAAAUGAGAUUCACCAUAAUCUAAUUUGGUGUCUAAAACACACAGAUCAAAUGUAACAUGUUUUAGUAGUAAUUUCUACGUUAUAUAGAGGAUCAAAUUCAAAUUA